AUGGCCGCAGCUCCUGCUUCUGCUCCCCCAGGACCGCCUGCAAUGCAGGACUUCCUGGCCCUCGCCUCCUCGUACUUUGCGGGAGAAGACUUCGGCGCGCAGCCGCGGUUUGUGGUCCAGGCCGGUUGUGGCGACGGCCGGCUCCUCGUCCAGCUCUUCGAGCUCGUCAAGGAGAUGCCCCGGGGCAAGGUGAUGAAGGAGUUUCCACUGACCAUGGUGGGCAUUGGCAGCGACGAGGAGAGCCUCGUGGCUCCGAAGAUCGGUAUGUGCGCCAAGCGCAUCCCUCACAAGGUGCUGACAGGCGACACCAGCAGCCCAGCUGCCAUUGCGGCUGCCUUGAAAAAACAGAAGAUCGACUCCCAACGGACGCUUCUUCUGCAGGUCUGCCAGGACCGCCCACGGCGCAAGGCAGCAACCCUGUCCAGCCCGACCGCCACCUUCGCGAAGAAGGCCAUGGGCGACGUGGCUGACGGCGAGGUGCUCUUUGCAGCUCUGCUCGAGGAUGCUCAGCACAGCUUCGAACUCUCCGAGCGAAGUAUGGGCCUGUGUCUUGCCGAGGUGCAGUCCCACUCGUCGGGGCCCAGCACCCUGGUGGCCCCGCCCGUGGCGCUGGCGAUGGCCUCGGCCAUGGCCGGACUCUUCCCCCAGGAUGUGAAGUUGGCGCAGCCUUACCCCAUGAGGGACGAGGCGGGCGACUGCGACGUCUUUUGCCAGGUACUCACGCCGCGGAACUUCCGAGUGCGAUUUGCAGUGCCUGAUGAUCUGCCCGCCCUGGAAGUGCUGGAGGAGAUGGCGUGGAAGAAGCACAUGCGCACUCCCAGAGAAGGUCUGCUCAAGCGCCUCCAGACCUCACCGACCACCAACUUCGCUUUGGAGGUGGACGGGGAGGUGCGGGCCGUGCUCUACACGCAGCGGAUCCGCAAGCCCGAGGAUGUCUAUCGGCAGAAGCUCCAGCAGGUCUUCGAGGGCCACGUGGAGGGCGGCCCGGUGCUGCAGCUCAUCGCCAUCCACGCGCACACGGACCACAGGGGCCUGGGGACCGAGCUGCGCAGCUUCGCCCUCCACCUGGCCCGCCUGGAUCCGACCAUUGAGUCUGUGUGUGCUGUCACCCUGUGCCACGACUAUGCCAGCAGCGGGGUGAAGAACAUGCAGCAGUACGUGGACAUGCACCUCAACGGCAGGGUCAACGACCGAAUCCUCACGUUCCACACCAGCUACGGCGCCAAGGUGCUGGGCCUGGUUCCCGGCUACCGGCCGGAGGACUUCGAGAACCAAGCCACGGGGGUGCUGAUCCAGUACAAGCCGAAGGACUGGGUCUUCGAGCCCACUCCCAGCCAGGAGGAGAAAUCGGACGCCAAGCAGGAGGUGGCCAAGAAGAAGGAGCCCACGACGUCCUCGCUGGAGAUCCUUUCCUCGAUCAUGACGGAAAUGGGCUACGAAGUCGACAUGGACAACUUAGACCAGGGCUUCUUCUCCAGUGGACUGGACUCCUUCGACAUGGGAGUCAUUCAGAACAGGUUGGGGCGGGCCCUGGGUCGGACACUGCCGGCGACGUUGAUGUUGGACCUCCCAACGGUGAAGGAGCUCACCGAGCACCUGGACAAGGAGCGGGGCGUCAGCGGACAAGGUGCCGCCGAAGCCGAAGCCGUGGUGGAGGUGGUCGAGGAGCGACGGGAGCGCCCGGAGCGCCGAACCGAGCGUGCCAGUGACGAGACCAUCACGGAGUGGGUGCGCUGUUGGCGCCAGUACCUCUACAAGAAGCAGAAGGCCCGGCAGCGCAGCUCCUCCCCGCGCCAGCGCCGUUCGCGCAGCGCGGGCCGCAGCCGAGGCCCCGGCCCCUGGGAAACGAUGACCACGCAGGAGCUGGAGAAGAUCCAGACGAAGUUGGCGUGGUUGCUGAGGCUUCCGCAGAACCAACGGAGAUUGCAGCACGUGGCGGACAAGCCUCACGACAAUGAGGCACUCUUCCUCUGUGAGCUCCGUGUCGUCCUGGAUUCCCUGCUCGGCCCGCUGUUCGUCGCCUCGGGCCUGGUCCAGGACAUGAAACCGCGGACGCUGCAGGACGCCAGGGACGACAUGGAGAGCUGUGCACUGGCCCUCGGCGGCAGUGCGGCAGCGCGGCACAAGGAGCUGCUGAGUCUCAUGAAGCUCGACCAAGCCGGUCGCUUCCCCCAGAUCUCCGCCCGGAGUGCGUCUCCGGUGCCUCGAGUACCGCCGCAAUUCCUACCCUCGCAGCGCAUGGGCAUCACGGUCUGA